AAAGAUAGGGGAAGAGUGAGAAAGAGUUUGAAGAGAGAAGAAAGAAAGAAAGAAAACAAAAGUCAUCUCAUCAUCUCAUCAAACCUUGUUCUUCACACAUCCUUCUCUCUUUUUCUUCUUCUCUACCCGAACUAACUCAAACCCUUUUUCUCUCUCUCUGUCUCUCUGUGUGUGAAAGCAGCAGAAGGGAAACAACCCCAUUACCCAUCAAUGGAGAACUCUCCAAGGCGUCAAGAGGGAGAGAACCCAUCUGCUUUAACCUCUCCAAAGAGCAAUAGCAGCAGCAGUAGUAGCAGCAACAGCAAUGGAGUUCAACUUCCCUUGACGCCAAAACCCAUCUCCAGAUCUGAUGCUAAUGCUUACCCAACGACCUUCAUUCAAGCUGAUACCUCAUCCUUCAAGCAAGUUGUUCAGAUGCUCACUGGAUCAUCAGAGACAGCCAAACAAGCAUCCAAGGCAAACCCUGCUGAUCCAUCCAACAAGAGCGCUAUACCUCCAAUUAAGUCUGGACCCAAGAAACAAGGUUUCAAGCUUUACGAGAGGAGAAACAGUCUCAAGAAUCUCAAGAUCAGUCCUUUGAUGCCUGGAGCACUGGUCCAUCCGAAUUCUGGGUUUUCGCCGAGGAAGCCAGAGAUCUUGUCGCCAAGUCUGCUAGAUUUUCCUGGGCUUGUUCUGAGCCCUGUUACGCCUUUGAUCCCUGACCCCUUUAAUAGGUCUCCUCCAACUUGUAACAGUAACGAUUCUAUGGCGGAGGAAAAAGCGAUUGCAGAGAAAGGGUUCUAUUUGCAUCCGUCUCCGAUUACGACUCCAAGAGACUCAGAGCCCCGGCUUUUGCCCCUGUUUCCGGUGACAUCUCCCAAAGUUUCAGGUUCUUCUUGAGAUGUUUUACUUCGCUAAGCAUGUAUUGGCACUGAAGAGAUGGAAUUUCUGGGUACUUGAUUGUUUGUAGAGGAAAUAUAGAGAUAUUGCUUCAAUUGUAGAACUUUUAUCUACCCCAUCUUCAUUUUCUUAUUGUCUGUUCUUCUUUCUUUUUUUUUUCCCCCCCUGUUCUAUCAACCUCUGUUUAUCAUUUUCGAUCCGUUAGCACUUAGCAUGGUCUCUGUCUCU